AUGAGCAUUCGCAGAAAGCGUCUUUCUGACGGACUGACCGUAACUCAAAAGGUCUUUGUUAGAUCUCGCAAUGGUGGCGCCACCAAAAUUGUCAGAGAGCAUUACUUGAGAAGUGACAUCCCAUGCUUCUCCAAAGCGUGCUUAGAAUGUGUGAAAAUAGUUGUUCCCAACGCACAAAAUGAACUACCGAAGUUUGCACUCUCUGAAAGCCCAAUGGAGCUCACCCCGGAAAUUGGGAAGCACUAUGUUGUGUUGGACGCCAAUAUCAUUUUGCAGGCUAUCGACGUUUUAGAAAAUCCAGACUGUUUCUUCGAUGUAAUUAUUCCGCAAAUUGUCUUGGAUGAGGUAAGAAACAAGUCCUACCCGGUUUAUGUGAGAUUAAGAACUCUUUGCAGGGACAGUGACCAUUUAAAGAGAUUUGUGGUGUUUCAUAAUGAGUUCAGUGAAAACACGUACGUAGAGCGGGAGAAAGACGAGUCAAUCAAUGAUAGAAAUGACAGAGCCAUCAGAAAAACCUGUCAAUGGUACACAGAGCACCUGAAGUCACAAGGCAUCAAAAUCGUUUUUGUCACCAAUGAUAAAGCCAAUAGACAACUAGCAAACAACGAAGGAAUAAUUGCAAAAAGCCUAGUGGAAUAUGUCGAGUGCUUACCUAACGCUGACGAAAUAAAAGAUACUCUACCUAAUCUUGAACUACCUGUCAAUCAAGACAAGGAUCAGGAAGCAAGAGCAGAAUUCAAAUACCCGGAAUACUACUCUACCUCAAGAGUUAUGGGUGGUUUGAAGAGUGGUGUGCUCUACCAAGGUGCAAUUCAAAUUUCUGAAUACAAUUUUUUGGAAGGUUCGGUGUCGCUUCCUAAUUUUUCCAAGCCAGUGCUGAUUGUUGGCCAGAAAAACCUCAACAGGGCGUUUAAUGGUGAUCAAGUUGUGGUAGAAUUACUUCCUCAAAAGGAAUGGAAAGCUCCGUCUUCUGUAGCAAUAGAUUCUGAGCAUUUUGAUGUAAAUGACAAUCCAGACAACGAUGAGGACGACAACGAGUCUGAAAUAGUUUCAGACAAGCAACGUCGCUUAUUAGCACAAGAUGCCAUUCAAGCGCAAAAGUCGAGUAGAAUCCAGCCCACUGCGAAGGUUGUCAGCAUAACUAGAAGGUCAUGGAGACAAUACGUUGGUCAGAUAGCAGUAAACUCCAUUGAUUUACAGAACGGCGGAACGCAAAAUGUUUUUGUGAUUUUGAUGGACAAAUGUUUACCAAGGGUAAGAAUUCGGACAAGGAGGAGUAAAGAGUUAUUAAACAAAAGAAUUGUUAUCGCCAUCGACUCUUGGCCCGAUACAUACAAAUAUCCACUAGGACAUUUCGUCAGAGAUCUGGGUGAUAUUGAGUCUUCUCAGGCAGAAACUGAGGCUUUGCUUUUAGAGCAUGAUGUGGAAUACAGGCCUUUUUCUAAAAGAGUUUUGGAAUGUUUACCUUCGGAAGGAAAUAAUUGGAAGGCGCCAGAGUCCUUAUCAGACCCUCAGGCGAUUGCAAAAGAUCCUUUGCUGUCUAGUAGAAGGGACCUCAGAGAUAAACUUAUCUGCAGUAUUGAUCCACCGGGAUGUGUUGAUAUAGAUGAUGCCCUACAUGCAAAAAGACUUCCUAAUGGCAAUUGGGAAGUUGGUGUCCACAUUGCUGAUGUUACUCACUUCGUGAAACCCGGUACUCCGCUAGAUGCCGAAGGAGCUUCAAGAGGUACCUCCGUCUACCUUGUAGACAAGCGUAUUGAUAUGCUUCCAAUGCUAUUAGGUACCGAUUUAUGUUCCUUGAAGCCAUACGUGGAUAGGUUCGCAUUUUCGGUCCUUUGGGAACUUGAUGAGAAUGCUGAUAUUGUGAACGUUGAUUUCACAAAGUCUGUCAUAAAGUCUCGGGAAGCAUUUUCUUAUGAACAAGCGCAACUUCGAAUCGAUGACAAAAACCAGACAGACGAACUCACAGAGGGAAUGAGAGCACUGCUGAAGCUGUCAAUAAAGUUGAAGCAAAAACGGUUGGACGCUGGUGCACUCAAUCUCGCGUCUCCUGAGGUGAAAGUGCACAUGGAUAGCGAAACAUCUGAUCCCGGAGAAGUUGAAAUAAAGAAGCUUCUCGCAACCAACUCUUUAGUCGAAGAAUUUAUGCUGUUAGCGAACAUAUCUGUCGCAAGAAAAAUAUAUGAUGCUUUCCCCCAGACUGCUAUGUUGAGACGCCAUGCCGCGCCUCCGGCGACUAAUUUUGAAACUCUCAAUGAAAUGCUGCAAUUGCGCAAGGGUAUGUCUAUAUCUCUUGAAUCUUCUAAGGCUUUAGCAGAUUCUUUAGACCGUUGUAUCGAUCCAAAAGACCCAUACUUCAACACACUGGUGCGUAUAAUGUCCACUCGUUGUAUGAUGGCUGCCCAGUAUUUUUUUUCGGGUGCUUACUCGUACAGCGACUACCGUCAUUACGGACUGGCAGUGGAUAUCUACACGCAUUUUACUUCCCCAAUUCGUCGUUACUGUGAUGUUGUAGCCCAUAGACAGCUUGCUGCUGCCAUCGGCUACGAGCCUUUGGAUUUAAGUCACAGAGACAAAAACAAGAUGGAAAUGAUAUGCAGAAAUAUUAACAAGAGGCACAGAAAUGCGCAAUUUGCGGGAAGGGCAAGCAUUGAAUACUACGUCGGCCAAGUAAUGAAAAACAACGAGUCCGUGGAAAGUGGUUAUGUCAUUCGGGUCUUCCACAAUGGUAUUGUGGUGCUUGUACCAAAAUUUGGUGUCGAAGGCUUGAUCAGAUUAGAAAAUUUAACAGACGACGUACAGUCCGCCGAGUUUCAUGAAGAUCAAUUCAAACUCACCUUCAAACAUACUUCAAGCGGUGAAACAAAAGAUCUUUACAUAUUUGACAAGGUCAGCGUUCAGGUUAAAUCGAUCUUAGAUCCUGUAACAAGCAAACGUAAGGCUCAAUUGCUAUUGAUAUAA